GUACAUGCAAGACCAUGCAAGGCAGGCGCUAAAUUUUUUUCUUAAAUAGCCCAAAUUUUUAUGUUUUUUUAUGAGCUCAAAACAGAGUUGAUUAUUUAUCGGUUAGAGCAGGAUCAAUAUUAUUUUUCAGUGAAGGAAAUAAUAUUGCUUUUUGCAAAUACACAUCGCAGUAUCAACGCUACUAUUUUGUUAGCAACCACAAUAAUUUAUUACAACCAGAGACAGCCGAAAUAUUUUUUGGGAUCAAACCACGAAGGCAAUUAUCCACCAACGAACAAUCGUCAGUUAGUGCGAAAUCACCAACAAAACCAAAGAAUAAAGUGAACAAUGAAAGGAAGAUUGAAAAUAAGAUUCUCAACCUAUCAUCGCGUGAACUUUCGAUCGAUGAAAUAUCAUUACUGAAGAAAGGGUUAACAUUUACACCAACGCCAUCUGCAAACAAAAAGAAACUUAAGAACGAUGUUCAAGAAUUUGGAAGAAAAUUACGUUUGAUGGAGUAUAACAAUGAUAACCAGCAAAAAAUAUCGGACAACUCUAUUGUGAAAAACAAGUAAAAUUUUGUACCUCCAAAACCACAAGAUAAAUAUCUGGACACGUUCCUUAAUGCACUAUCUGACUAUCCUGAAAAUACACCAACAACAAACCACAAAAACAAUUUAAUUAAGUAAAGGCGAAAGAACGGCACUUGAAAAACUUAUAAACGAUAACAACAUUAUUAUAAAAGAAGCAGAUAAAGCUGGCGCAACAGUAGUGAUGGAUAAAAGAUACUAUAAAGAUAAAAUAGAUGAACUACUAUAGAAAACGGUAAUCAGGAUGAGACCAUGAAGAAAAUCAAAAAACAUUUGGAAAAAUUUCAACAGGAAACAACCAAAACUGAAAAGAAAUAUAUACACAAAUUUGCAUCAAAGACCUCCAAUUUCUACGGACUUCCGAAGAUCCAUAUGUGUGAAUUGAUUACUAGAGCAAUAACGGAACAGAAGAGAGAAUACGUUAAACUUCCUGCACCAGCCAGUUUGAAAUUCCGACCAAUUGUAGCUGGACCUCAAUCUCCAACGCACCGCCUAAGGCAACUUUUUGGAUAUAAUUCUCAAGCCACUUUGCCAACAUGUGCCCUGUUUCAUCAGAGAUGACAUUGAUUUUCUGAAUCACUUGCCAAAAGAAAUCCAAGAAGACACAUUACUCGUUUCAUUUUAUGUUGUAAGCCUUUAUACUAGUAUUCCGCAAGACCUUGGACUAACUGCCAUCGAAUACUGGUUAGACAACUACAUGAACAGUUUACCACGGAAAUUCUCAAACGGCUUUGUAUUUGAAUCAAUCUCAAUUAUUUUAAAAGGAAAUACAUUUAAUUUUGACGAAAAACAUUACCAACAGCUACAACGGACGGCAAUGGGAACAAAAAUGGCGCCGACCUACAGUACAUUAAUCAUGGGAUACCUGGAAACCCAAUUAUACGAAAAAUAUGGGGAAACGUUUAGAAACGAAGAUUUGGAAGAACUGAUAGGGACAUUUAAAAUAUUUUUAGACGAUUGUUCUUACUUUGGAAGCGACCAAUAGAAGAACUACAUAUUUUUCACGAAUUAUUGAAUAACCUCCACGAUAAAAUUAAAUUCACCAUGGAAAGAGACGAAAAAUAACUUCCAUUUCUGGAUGUACUAGUUUACAAAGAGGAUAAAAAGCUACACACAGAUAUAUUUUAUAAACCGACGGACACGCACCAAAAUCUAAACUUUAAUUCCUGCAAUCCAAAGCAUACUAAACGCAAUAUCCCGUGUUCGCUGGCUAGAAGGAUCUGUACCAUAGUAUCGAAAUCUGAAAUACGGGACAAAAGAAGGGAAGUACUUGAAAAUUUUCUCACGCCGCAGAACUACCCAUUGAAACUAAUCAAACAUAGUAUUAGUCAAGCGAAGUCAUUUACAACUACAGAACGUCGUCAAACCAAAACCCGUUCUAGUGAAAACUCGAAUGUCUUGCCACUGGUGAUAACACAUAUCACAGCAAUCGCUGCUCUUCAACAGAAGUACAACUUGGUGAAAGAAAACAUCAACCGAUUUACUUUUCGAUGUAACCAUGAGUAGCUUUGACGGGGCUGAGACAUGCGAGUUAGUGGGAUCUUAUCUUCUAUCACAACUAACGGCAGAGUACGGCAAUGAUAUCGGUCUGUACAGAGAUGACGGCCUCGCAGCCUUUGACAAAACACCGCGCGAAAUCGAGAUCAUUAAGAAAAACAUUUGCAAAGUUUUCAGUGACAAUAACUUGAAAAUAACCAUCGAAGCCAACAAAAAAUGCGUUGACUACCUAGACAUUACACUUGAUCUCAGAUCGUCAUCUUACAAGCCAUACAUGAAACCCAGAAAUACACCGCUAUAUAUCAACCACAACAGCAACCACCCGCCACCAAUACUACGCAGCAUACCAGAUGCUGUCAAUGAGAGGCUAUCAAACAUAUCCUCUGAUAAGCAAUCCUUCGAGUCGGCUGUGCCCCCAUAUCAGGAAGCCCUUCCAAAGAGCGGUUUUAACUAUGCCCUCAAUUACAAUCCCCAGCCACCAAAACCUAAACGCAAUAGAAACAGAAACGUGAUAUGGUUUAACCCUCCCUACAGCACCAACGUUUCCACCGACAUUGGUCACAAAUUCCUGCAAGCUAUUGAUGAAUGCUUCCCACCAAACCAUCCUCUACAUAAACUAUUCAAUAGGAACAACCUUAAGUUGAGCUACAGCUGUAUGCCCAACGUGCACAAUAUCAUCACGGCGCACAACAGAACCAUGCUCGAUCGCAAGCAGCCCGAGGCUACUAAAAAUCCCGAUAGGAAGUGCAAUUGCCGCCAGGAAGAAUCCUUCCCCUCCCCGGCAAAUGUUUAACCGAAAGCGUUGUGUACCAAGCCACAGUAACGAGAGAAGACAACCAGCAGAAAGAAACCUACGUUGGACACACAGCGGGCCCAUUUAAAGUGAGAUACUAUAACCACACAAGCUCGUUCAGGAAUCCGGAACAUAAACAUUCAACCGAAUUGAGUAAAUAUAUUUGGCAGUUGAAACAAUCCAACAUACAAUACUCUAUCCCCUGGAAAAUUUUAAAGAAAUGUAAGGCCUACUCAAACAAAACAAAACGUUGUAAAUUAUGCCUGCAUGAAAAGUUUGUUAUAAUUUUCUAUCCCAAAUUAAGCUCUUUGAACUCAAGAAACGAACUGAUAUCCGCAUGUAGGCACAGGAAAAAAUUCCUGCUCUGCAGCCAAUAGCUCAGGUUGGCGUGUGAGUGUGGCAUGAGUGUGGCAAGCUUAGUUUGCCAUACGAAACAAAUUUGUCGUGAAUAAAUGUUUUAAACGAAGUAACUCAAGUUUGUCUUUUAUACAUAUAUAUAUAUAUAUAUAUAUAUAUAUAUAUAUAUAUAUAUAUAUAUAUAUAUAUAUAUAUAUAUAUAUAUAUAUAUAUAUAUAUAUAAUGAUGUAAUGAUAUAAUGAUAUAAUGUAACCCAUGAUUGAAUUUUAAUUGAAAGCUAGAACGAUUAAAAUGUUUAUUUUCGGAGUUAUCGAUGUUUUAUAUUUUAUUAAAAUACUCAAUUGUUAACGUAAUUAUCCUGUAGAGUACUUGAUAUUUUGUGAAGUCAGACUUGUUUUAUAAACGUGGAUAAAAGAUAAUCGCAUAUCGUAUCAUGUCAUGUCAUGUCUUGCCAUGUGACGUCAUGUCACGUCACAUCAUAUCAUGUCGCAAAGUAUCGUUCUAUCGCAACUAACAUAUCAUAUCACUUAAUUCUCUUUUGUUAAUUAAAUAGAACUGGUGGAGGAAGAGUCCGAAACUGACCAAAUGACAGUCCCAGUAAUUCCGCUUCGUCAACGACGUGCUAUUGCGCAAACAUUGUCAAUAGGGAGUGGUGGGAGCGGCUGUGGCAGUGGAAGUGGCAGCGGCAGCGGCAGUGGCAGCGGCAGUGGCAGCGGCAGUGUCAAUUGCACUGUCCAGGAAGGUGAGCAUCUGAACUUUUAAAUAAAUUUUAUUUCUGAUGGAUUUACCCAAUUAACGGAGAAAUAUUUAUCUCAACUUCGUUACGGACCAAAUAGGGAAGUUUCAUAUUAAUAAUGCAAUAGGAGUAAUUGUUACUUUUUCGACCACUGACACGAAAAUGUACAUCAUUUUUAAUGCAAAUAUCCAGCAACAUUAUAUCCAGCACGUUAUAGGAUGGAUAUUUUGAUUUUAAUUUUUGGCAUAUUUAUAUUACCUAACCCGUUGGAGAAAUCACUAGCGAGGGACGCAAUUAUGUGAUACAGGACAGGAUCGAACAAAAUUUCGGGUAGAGCACAACAACUGGACUGGCAUAAUAAAAUAGCAGUCCGCAUAUAAAAUUACUACACAGGGCCUAUAUAUAUAUAUAGUUUCGCACAAUUAGGUAUAAUACAUAUAUAAUAAAAAGACAUUUAAAAUUUCCAUCUACCAGCUGUACUCACACCCAUAUCUGGCAGUCCGCCUUUUCGUCGGCUUAAUAUCCACAUUGUUUCAAUAUAGGCUACAGACGUGCAUUAAUCAUUUCGAUUUGUUAAGUUUGUUCAUUAAUCAAUCAUUUUAUUUUUUUGUUAAAUACAUUUAUCAAAACUGUUUUAAGAACAUUUCUCUAGUAACCCCCCCCCCUCCCUUCUUCAACUGAAGUUCGAACAUAACCCCUCCUUCGACGACUUUCAAAAUUUUGUGACCCCUCAUCAAAAUCAUCCACCACCCCAAAAAUAAUGACCAUUCCCUUAAAAAUAAUGUGCGCCUGAUUUACUCGCCGACAUUAAUGAUUGUAGAUGACAAUGAAUGCCUGUCAUCUCCAUGCGGAAAUAACGCAACAUGUAACAAUACAGAAGGAUCAUUUAACUGUACCUGUGACCAAGGUUUCGUAGGGAAUGGAUUAAAUUGUUCAGGUAAGAUUGCGCUAUCCUUUUUAAAGUCGCAUUCCAAUCAGUCUUCCCGAAUUAUUAAAAAAAAAUCACAUUAUUUAGAUCAGUUUAUCUGCAGAAUAAGCCUUGCUCAGUUAAGAAUUUACAUUUUCAGGUCAGUUUCGACAGUAGGACAUCAGAUCACCCUAAUCUACAAACAUAGCGACAUAUAAUCUUCAGAAAUGUCUUACCGAUUUCUCAGUUUACUUUAAUUAAUUUUAAAAAUCUGCAAGAAUCUUAUAAAAUAUUAUAAAAUCUUCUGAACUGUUUAUUGAACUUGUCCGUUCAAUUUAAUUAAUUAAUUUAAUUAUAGACCAAUUAACACAAAUUAUGUGCUCCUGAUUUAUUCGUCGACCUUAAUGAUUGUAGAUGUCAAUGAAUGCCUAUCAUCUCCAUGCGAAAAUAACGCAACAUGUAACAAUACAUUAGGAUUAUUUAACUGUUCCUGUAAACAAGGUUUCGAAGGGGAUGGAUUAAAUUGUUCAGGUAAUAUAGUGCUAUAGCCCUCUUCAAGUUGCGUUCCAAUUAGUCUUCCUGAAGUAUUAAAAAACCCACAUCAUUUAGAUUAGUUUCUGUUAUUAGUUUCACCCUUCCUCACUUAAGAAGUUACACUUUCAGGUAGGUUUUUAUAUUAGGACAUCAGGUCACCUUAAUCUACAAACAUAGCGAUAUAAAAUCUUCAGCAAUGUCUUACCAACUUCUCAUUUUAUUCCAAUUAAUUUAACAGAUCUUCAGAAAUCUUAUAAAAUCUUAUAAAAUCUUUAGAAAUAUUUUACCGUUUUUUUUUGUUUUUUUUGUCUUUUUUUGCCUUGGCAUAGAGACUGUAGUAACACAAUUUACUAACCUCGAAAUUUCUCCCCAACGGCAGGUAUUUUCCGCGGGUGGCGGGUAACGGGUAGCGGGUGACGGGUAGCGGGUAACGGUUAGCGGGUGACAGAUAGCGGGUGACGGGUAGCUCGUGUGUUGCGGAUGGCGGUGGUUCUCGUAGUUCAUAUGUUGAACACAUAGAAUAAUUUUCGCAACCUCGUUCCCAGGGCUUUCGUAUGAGGGCGAGGCGGAGAGACGAGAAAGCCCUGGUCUGGGCCGAUCACGUGACUACCAAAAUAAGGAUAUAUUUGACAGCUACUGGUCAAGGAGUGGCGAUACAUUCUUAACUGGAAAUUAUAAUAUACAAGUCUUCGAAACAAAAAAACAGCUAAAAUCGAUAUUAUUUAUUUGUAGCGAAGUUUGGCACAAAUACCUAUAUUUCUGGAGAUUUUCAACCACAUUGACAGGCAAAGCCAAAGGAAACAUCUGUAUCUCAACAUGAUUUCCAAGUUGCAUCUAGCUAGGCGUCUCAAGUGGUGAUUCACACGAAAUUUGGUUUCUCUCGUCUUUAACAACAUGGCUAUUCCCUUUAAUAUUUGGUUUAAAUAAUUAUGCUCUUAGGUCUGACUUAGUUCGAUAUAAAUAAACACAAAUAUAAAACCUCGGGAUUAAUUACCUGUUUACGCUGCAUGUACAGGAAUAUACGGUUCGCUUCGAUCGCCGGACACCAAUGCUUGCCUACAAAUGUUAUCCCUUUCACAAUCUUUGUUUUAUUUUAUCGUAUAGUCGCAAUUUUCAAGUAUUCGGGGUAUUCUGAAACUGUAAAACUGGGUGUCGUGACUAGCGAAUUUUGUGCAGACUACAUCGGCCUACGGCGUAGAGCUAUUUAGAUAAACAGGGCAUAAAUUAGCAGUUUCAUUUUAUUGUUAGUCUUGUUUUUAUUUGUCAGUAUGGAAUAUUGUAAAAUAAAAAAUUACUACAAUGCAAUACGCGUAAUAUUUCAUCAAACAUCUGCAGUACAUUAUAAUUACUGCACAAGGAAAACUGCGCAGUAGUCUACCGACUAUAAAGUAGACGUUUCUUGUUUUUUCAGGAAACAUCACAGCUUACGUCAACAUAGCUUUUGAGUUUUGUAACCGGCCGAGCCGAAAGUAGCUUAAUCAUGCAGUCGAGAAAACCGAAAACUUCUUACUUUGAAAGAUUAUUUUGCAAAAUACACUCGUACACACAAGAAUCAUAAAAAUACAUAUGUUGAAAUUGUUAUUAUCAACUGUCAAGUUCUGCUAUUUUUAGACAAUAUGGUGUUAGCAAAUCAGAAUGCAAAAUUGACCCGCCCAGACCAGGGCUUUCUCAUCUCUCUGCCUCACCCUCAUACGAAAGCCCUGGGAACGAGGUUGAGUAAAUUAUUCAAUGCCAUGUUCAAGAUGUGAAUUACGAGAACCACCGUCACCCGCUACGCACGCGCGACCCGUCACCCGUCACCCGCUACCCGUCACCCGCAACCCGCCACCCGCGGAAAAUACCUGCCGACUCCCGAACCUCUUUGUUGAAGAAUUAACACGCGAUAAAAUAACUAUUCCGGUAGCAAGUAACCUGAAGUUCAGGCCCUAAUCACAGAAUAGGGCCUGACACAAAACCUAUCUAAACUGUGGGAUUCCCGUCCAUCUGGUGGACGGGAAAUCUGAUUGGUUGAUCAGGAGCAUGAAGGAUUUUGAUUGGUUGCAAAUUCACAUAAAGAACAGUUUUAAAAGUAGCUCGGUCAAGGCGACAAUUAAUAUGAAGGUCAAACGCACAUAACAAAUUCCAUUAUCGAUUUCUUCGAAUUUAUUUAUUUUUAUGCUUCAUGGCAGAAAAUAAUCAAACAAACAGUAUUUUGAAAGGGCUUUAUCAAAAUCGUGGACGAAUUUUGGACAAACGACGCUGAAAGAACAGCCAAACUAGUCAUGUAUUCGAAAGCUUGUUGUUGACAGCCAAGGCCAAGCCGUUCUGCCAACUGACUUCGCCGGUAAAAGUCUUAUUUUUAAUAUCAGGUCCUACCGGCGUUGUUUUCUGAGCUACAUCGCCUUCUUCGUUGUACGAUUGAGAAUUUAAUUGUUGCUGUUGUUAGCCCGUUAUAAUAUACGCGCGUCCAGCAAGUUGAGACCUUGAGAAAGCUUGGCAGUCAAGCCGUGCACAGAACUGACUAAUUAAAUCUCUGUUUGUCGGUUAAAUAGACAAACUGACUCUUAAUUAUAUAAAAGUACCUUGAAUUUUUAAGUUUAAUUAUAAAGCAAAAUGCACACUCUGCUGACAUAUUCAUGAGAAUUAAGUUUUGGGUGUAACGAAAUCUACAACACUUGACAAUCAUAUUGCAUGUUGUGUCUAAAAGCAGAUAUAACAUGUGGGCGUCCCACGGUCUAGACAGGUUUUGUGUCAGGCCCUAUUUCAAAUUAGGGCCUGAACUUCAGGUUAGGUAGCAAGUUAACUAUAAAGUUUAGUAUAUUGUUGCUUUCGUAAUUAAUAAUAUACAUAAAGAUAUUACUCGACUGUGAUUUGUUGAUUUCAGUGCAGUUAAUCCCAAACAGCAGUGAAAUUUUCUGUAAUCACAGUGCAAUUUCCUGUAAUCACAGUGCAAAAAUCUGUAACAAACUGAUCUGAUUGGUGGAAAAACAUUGUGAUGAUUAAAUGAACCAAUCAGUUUAAAGCAAUUUAGUUCAAAGAAGUAACGGUCACAGAUUGCUUCAAAACAAAACAAACAUGGCGCCGCGGUAUACAAAGUAAAAGUUGCCUUCGCGUGGAAAAUAUUGCUUUUAUCUUUAUUUUUAAAUGGAAAAGCAUUUACAUUAAACAAGACCAACAAAAAUUACAUAGUUGAGUGGAAUUUUCAAGCUGUUAGCGUUGUAUAAUGUGAUAUAAAAAAGCCAGGAAAACUUUGCCAGUGGGAUGUUCGCUAAAAACGCGUAAGUUAAAACUACAAUUGUCAACAGGUGGGAAAUUUGUCGUCGCUGACCAAAAAAUCGCGGGCAGAAACAAAGCUCAUGCAUUUACAUUCAAAACAAAGCAGAAAGUUGCAAGAAGCUGUUUUAGCUGACGAUUUUUUGCUUUCCAUUCAACGAUUUACAAAUUAACUGUUAUUCUUAUAAAGUCGAUUAUGAAUUCUUUGUUUUGGGAUGAUUUGUUUUGUAAUCGAGUGAUUGGAAGAAGUGAAUAUGGCGACGUGAACAUGGGAGUAAAUACCGUAUACGUCGAUCUGUGGCUUGUUUAAAACCGUAAUAAACGAAGAAAGACGUGAUAUGAGAAUGAAAUGUAAGUUGAAAUUAACUUUAUAUGCCUCAAAUUUUCCAUUCUAUGUUUCUUAAUGUAACUUCAGCUGUCUAAGUUCAAAAUACAAGCUCGCGAAAUUUGACAAAUUUUGAAAAUAUGUAAAAAUAGCUUGACUUUGAACUGUAGUUUCUCAAAAAUAGCCCGUGGCCUCAAUUUCAAAUAUAGCUAAAUGAAAAGAAAAAACUUUUCGGCGUUUGUAGGUAUCAAACAUAUAGUCAGGAAAAUAGGGGCUCACAAUGUUUUAGCUGAGUCUUUGAGACCCAGUUGCUUCGCACGUGUUGUGGUCAAAUUUUUGCCAAGAAUCAAAGGCCGAAAUGUGAACUUCCUUCAUGAAAACCGGCUUGAGAAGUGUCUAGUUUGGAAAUUUAGCUAUUAAUUUCGAUUUCGUGAGCAUAUUUUGGUUACACGUUAAAUAUUUUUGAAUUUGAUGAGAUUCAAAAUUUGUUGUAUAUUCAAGCCCGGCUUUAGUGUAGUUUUAAUGAUGACCGGAACAGAAAUAAAGAUAUUUUAAAAACUGGCCGUGGCCUCACGUAAAAAUAGGGGAUCAUACAGUUUACGAGGUUGUAAAAUGCAUGAUUUGCCUCUAUUUUCAUGUAAACAUUCGAAAUUUUUCGACAGCAAAGUGGCAACUUUUUCAGAUCGAAUGCACACGGACAGCUCACCAGAGACAAUGGCAGGGUACUGAAAUAGAACGUCACUAAAAAAUUCGGUAUGAUUAAUUUAGAUCAUGUCCAUUUUCAACAUAAAACAGUCAUUUAUUUUGUACAAACAUUUGGCAAUAUUUACACGAUUGUGCCUUUUUGUAAACACGCGUUGCGUGUAUUCCACUCAAUUGCGUGACUCAUUUUGCUCGCGCAUGCUCAGACAAAUUUCCCACCUGUUACAAUUGUCUCGAACAUUUUUAUGUAAAUUGUUAAUAAGUAAUAACUCGUGAGUUUUUCAAAGACCUCAAAUAGCACUCGUCCUUCGGACUCGUGCUAUUUUGAGGUCUUUCAAAAACUCACUCGUGCAUGUUAUAUCCAAAUUGCACUAGAAACCAUGCUAUUACCUAUACAUAUAGCGUGUAUUCUAUUUAUGGCACACUCAUCAGUACAUAUUAAACAACGAUAAUAUAUUGUAUAUUAUGUUGGCGUGCAACUAUUUAGUAAUUUUAAUCAAGUUUAAUUAAAAUGAUCAAUUGUAAAGGUUUCCAAAAGCUUAAAAAAAUUACAAGGGGGUGUUUGUAUUCAAACAUAAGAACUUAUAAACACUAUUUUAUAUUUAUAAUAAUUGCUGAUAUAAAUUUAUAAAAGCUCCGCGAGUAACGCUGAACGUGUUUUCGCGGUUAUCACAAAGGUAAACAAUAGAGCUAUUUAAGGCCAUAAUUUAUGAAUUUUGCACUCCUUCAUAUUCCUUUUCCCGACAAGUUUUAUUGCAAAUAACAUGACUUUAAGUAUUCUACUUUUACCCUAAAAGAGUUUUAGACACCAGGUACGUUGCACUUUUGAGAAUUUUAGUUUGAAUUUUGUACCUAAUCAUUAGUUGUUCGGCGAACGAAAAUAUCUACUUAUUUGUAUGGAGACUGGUAGGCUUAAAAUAAGAUGUCAUUCAAAUUCUUUCACCAUUAUAAACGAAGAACAAUAUGCUUCAAUACGCUGAAAAAUGUUUCUAAUUUGACACGAAAUUUCCCGAGUUAUGAUGCACAAUUUAACACACAUUUGACCGCCGUUUUUGAGGUCAAAUUUCAGUGUCGCUGACGUCCAGACAAAAAUUCGUCUUAAAUAAAAAAAAAGAAAAAUAAUACAGUAAUAUGUAAUAAUACAUGUAAUAAUACAGUAGGAUCAUUUAACUUUUUCUGUAAACAAGGUUUCGAAGGGGAUGUAUUCAAUUGUUCAGGUAAGAUUGUGCUAGCCCUUUUUAAAGUUUCAAUCCAAUCAGUCUUCCUGAAUUAUUAAAAUAAUCACAUUAUAUAGAAUAGUUCCUGUGUAGAAUCAGUUUUUUCUUGUUAAGAAAUGUUAUUUUUAGGUUUGUUUGGAUAUUAGGACAUCAGGUCACCCUAAUCUACAAACAAAGCGACAUAUAAUCUUCAGAAAUGUGUUAGCGACUUCUCAGAUUAUUUUAAUUAAUUUAAAAAAUCUUCAGGAAUCUUAUAAAAUAAUAUAAAUCUGAUAAACUUUUUAAUCGAAUUUACGUUCAAUUAAAUUAAUUAAUUAAUUUAUAGACCAAUUAACACUAAUUAUGUGCUCCUAGUUUAUUCAUCGACAUUAAUGAUUGUAGAUGUCAAUGAAUGCCUAUCAUCUCCAUGCGGAUAUAACCCGCAUCACCAGAAUUAUGCGACAUAUGCGACUGCGAGGCUCACGCACUUUUGUCAGCGUAUCAAGUGUUGCGCAUGAGUAAUUGAAAUAUUUUGUGAUAUACGAUCCGGAGGUUUAUCAAUAUCCCGCGGCUUUCGUCUGGCCUUUGGUCACAUUAGGAUUGCCCAAAACCCGAGAUUUCAGCAGUAUUUAAUGAUAAAAACUUGCGCGUAUGACUUAAGAGCAUGUUAUUAAAGACAAGCAAGAAACGAGCUUCAAAAAAAUAAUUUUAGGAGAAGAAAUUGACCGAAAUCGCACCGAGUUAUGGCCAUGCUAUUGGAAGCAAGACGAAGGUCGAAGUUCAGUUAUCGGUCUUGGAUACUCUAAAGUCUAAACUACCUUUAAAACAAGUUCAACAAGGCAGGGACAAGGGAAGGGAAGAUUAUAUUUCUUCGUUUUUAUAUCAUUCAAAGCCGUAAGAACCUCAUCGAAUGUAGGAAUUUGUAUUGUCUACAACGCGCAGCGAAGCAAUCGUAUUGUAUUAGUAAUACAAUUUACUAUAAAUAUUGGGAAUCAGCCUCGGGUGAUCACUUAGUGUUGCGUGUAGAAUACUGAAUCCCUGACUUAAAUUUUUGUUUGUGCGGGAUGCUCAAAUACUCGGACAUUUUUGAGGUCUUUGGAGUAUUUGCAGUUGGCGCGUUAUUUAAAUUUCGUGGGAAAAUGAAGCAUACCGCUGCCCAGUACAGUACUGAAGUCUCACAAACAUGAAGCCACACAACGGUUUGGUCAGUGGCGAAUAUAUAUUAUUUCAUGCUCCGAACAUAAACAAAACAUCAUGGAGACCAUAAUUUUGAAAACGAGCUUUAAUUUGGUCUUUAAAGUUUUGAAAUACCCCAAAUAUUCGAGAAGUUAUGGCUGUUUCAAUGUGCAAGAUAUUUGCUCUUUUAGCGGAGGAUUUGCGAACGUUUUCGUGUGCGUUGAAAUAUAUUUUACGAGGGACAAACGGGAAUAAGAUAAGCGAACGAAAUAUUUAUAUAUCACGAUACUAGACAUCUUCGAGUCGCAACUUCAAGUUUCGUUUGUAAAUUUUGUCCGUCCAUUUAAUUUUUUUUGCCUGUUUUAUAGUCACUUUUGUCUACUUGACAUGUAUUAUUACAGUCACGGCCUUAUAGAGAACUGAAUUUCAUAAAAUUCGCAGGGGACAAGUCGCGAUUUGUGGUAUACGGUAACUAUUUGGUGGAUAAUAUUCUCCGAUAUUUACUGUAUAAUGUCUUGCUUUCGUUUGUUCCGAUUCACAAACAGUUUAGCUAAUAUUUUAAAUAAUUGUGCAAUUCUAAUACAAUUCCAUAUAAAAAUAUUUUAAUUAAAAGCAAUCGGAUACGUGCGCUUGAGGUGUUGCGCAAUCGCAUGUCGCGUUUUUCUGGCGGCGCAACAUGUAACAAUACAGUAGGUACAUUUAACUGUUCCUGCAUACAAGGUUUCGAAGGGGAUGGAAUAAAUUGUUCAGGUAAGACAGUGCUUUAGCCCUCUUCAAUUGCGUUUCAAUUAGUCUUCCUGAAUUAUUAAAAAAAUGACAAUAUUUAGAUUAGUUUCUGUGUACAAACACCCCUCCUCAGUUAAUAAGAAGUUAAACUUUCAGGUAAGUUUUUAUAUUAGGACAUCAGAAAACCCUAAUCUAAAAACAUAGCGAAAAAUAUUCUUAAGAAAUGUCUUACCAACUUCUCAGUUUAUUUUAAUUAAUUUAAAAAAUUUUCAAGAAUCUUAUCAAAUAUUAAAAAAUCUUCUGAAAUAUUCAAUCGACCUCUCCGUUCAAUUUAAUUCGUGAAUUUAAUUAUAGACUAAUUAACACUAAGUGUGUGCUACUAAUUUAUUCAACGACGUGAAUUACUGUAGAUGUCAAUGAAUGCCUAUUAUCUCCAUGCGGAUAUAACGCAACAUGUAACAAUACAGUAGGAUCAUUUAACUGUUCCUGUAAACAAGGUUUCGAAGGGGAUGGAUUAAAUUGUUCAGGUAAGAUAGUGCUUUAGCCCUCUUCAAUUGCGUUUCAAUUAGUCAUUCUGAAUUAUUAAAAAAAUCACAACAUCUAGAUUAGUUUCUGUGUAGACUCACCCUUCCUCAUUUAAGAAGUUUCAUUUCCAGCUAAGUUUUUAUAUUAGGACAUCAGAUCACGCUAAUCUACAAACAUAGCGACAUAUAAUCUUCAGAAAUGUCUUACCGACUUCUCAGUUUAUUUUCAUUAAUUUACAUAAUCUUCCAGAAUCUUAUAUUAAAAAAUUUCUGAAAUAUUUAAUCGCACUCUCCGUUCAAUUUAAUUCGUGAAUUAAAAUAUAGGCUAAUUAACACUAAUUGUGUGCUCCUAAUUUAUUCAACGAAGUAAAUUUGAUUGUAGAUGUCAAUGAAUGCCUAUCAUCUCCAUGCGGAUAUAACGCAACAUGUAACAAUACAGUAGGAUCAUUUAACUGUUCCUGUAAACAAGGUUUCGAAGGGGAUGGAUUAAAUUGUUCAGGUAAGAUAGUGCUUUAGCCCUCUUCAAUUGCGUUUCAAUUAGUCCUCCUUAAUUAUUAAAGAAAUCACAAUAUUUAGAUUAGUUUCUGUGUAGACUCACCCUUCCUCAUUUAAGAUGUUACAUUUCAAGGUAAGUUUUUAUAUUAGGACAUCAGAUCACCCUAAUCUACAAACAUAGCGACAUAUAAUCUUCAGAAUUGUCUUACCGACUUCUCAGUUUAUUUUCGUUCAUUUAAAAAAUCUUCAAGAAUCUUAUAUUAAAAAAAAUUCUGAAAUAUUUAAUCGACCUCUCCGUUCAAUUUAAUUCGUGAAUUUAAAUAUAGACUAAUGAACACUAAUUGUGUGCUCCUAAUUUAUUCAACGACGUAAAUUUGAUUGUAGAUGUCAAUGAAUGCCUAUCAUCUCCAUGCGGAUAUAACGCAACAUGUAACAAUACAGUAGGAUCAUUUAACUGUUCCUGUAAACAAGGUUUCGAAGGGGAUGGAUUAAAUUGUUCAGGUAAGAUAGUGCUUUAGCCUCUUCAAUUGCGUUUCAAUUAGUCCUCCUUAAUUAUUAAAAACAUCACAAUAUUUAGAUUAGUUUCUGUGUAGAAUCACCCUUCCUCAGUUAAGAAGUUACAUUUUCACGUAAGUUUUUUAUUAGGAUAUCAGAUCACCCUAAUCUACAACAUAGCGACAUAUAAUUUUCAGAAAUGUGUUACCGACAUCUCAGUUUAUUUUAAUUAAUUUGAAAAAUCUUCAAGAAUCUUAUAAAAUAUUAAAAUAUUUUCUGAAAUAUUUAAUCGACCUCUCCGUUCAAUUUAAUUAUUUAAUUUAAUUAUCGACUAAUUAACACUAAUUUUUGCUACUAAUUUAUUCAUCUACAUUGUGGAUUGUAGAUGUCAAUGAAUGCCUAUCAUCUUCAUGCGGAUAUAACGCAACAUGUAACAAUACAGUAGGAUCAUUUAACUGUUCCUGUAAACAAGGUUUCGAAGGGGAUGGAUUAAAUUGUUCAGGUAAGAUAGUGCUUUAGCCCUCUUCAAUUGCGUUUCAAUUAGUCAUUCUGAAUUAUUAAAAAAAUCACAACAUCUAGAUUAGUUUCUGUGUAGACUCACCCUUCCUCAUUUAAGAAGUUUCAUUUCCAGCUAAGUUUUUAUAUUAGGACAUCAGAUCACGCUAAUCUACAAACAUAGCGACAUAUAAUCUUCAGAAAUGUCUUACCGACUUCUCAGUUUAUUUUCAUUAAUUUACAUAAUCUUCCAGAAUCUUAUAUUAAAAAAUUUCUGAAAUAUUUAAUCGCACUCUCCGUUCAAUUUAAUUCGUGAAUUAAAAUAUAGGCUAAUUAACACUAAUUGUGUGUUCCUAAUUUAUUCAACGACGUAAAUUUGAUUGUAGAUGUCAAUGAAUGCCUAUCAUCUCCAUGCGGAUAUAACGCAACAUGUAACAAUACAGUUGGAUCAUUUAACUGUUCCUGUAAACAAGGUUUCGAAGGGGAUGGAUUAAAUUGUUCAGGUAAGAUAGUGCUUUAGCCUCUUCAAUUGCGUUUCAAUUAGUCCUCCUUAAUUAUUAAAAACAUCACAAUAUUUAGAUUAGUUUGUGUGUAGAAUCACCCUUCCUCAGUUAAGAAGUUACAUUUUCACGUAAGAUUUUUAUUAGGAUAUCAGAUCACCCUAAUCUACAACAUAGCGACAUAUAAUUUUCAGAAAUGUGUUACCGACUUCUCAGUUUAUUUUAAUUACCUUAAAACACAUUCAAGAAUCUUUUAAAAUAUUAAAAUAUUUUCUGAAAUAUUUAAUCGACCUCUCCGUUCAAUUUAAUUAUUUAAUUUAAUUAUCGACUAAUUAACACUAAUUUUUGCUACUAAUUUAUUCAUCUACAUUGUGGAUUGUAGAUGUCAAUGAAUGCCUAUCAUCUUCAUGCGGAUAUAACGCAACAUGUAACAAUACAGUAGGAUCAUUUAACUGUUCCUGUAAACAAGGUUUCGAAGGGGAUGGAUUAAAUUGUUCAGGUAAGACGGUGCUUUAGCCCUCUUCAAGUUGCGUUUCAAUUAGUCAUCCUGAAUUAUUAAAAAAAUCACAACAUUUAGAUUAGUUUCUGUGUAGACUAACCCUUCCUCAUCUAAGAAGUUUCAUUUCCAGCUAAGUUUUUAUAUUAGGACAUCAGAUCACGCUAAUCUACAAACAUAGCGACAUAUAAUCUUCAGAAAUGUCUUACCGACUUCUCAGUUUAUUUUCAUUAAUUUACAUAAUCUUCCAGAAUCUUAUAUUAAAAAAUUUCUGAAAUAUUUAAUCGCACUCUCCGUUCAAUUUAAUUCGUGAAUUAAAAUAUAGGCUAAUUAACACUAAUUGUGUGCUCCUAAUUUAUUCAACGAAGUAAAUUUGAUUGUAGAUGUCAAUGAAUGCCUAUCAUCUCCAUGCGGAUAUAACGCAACAUGUAACAAUACAGUAGGAUCAUUUAACUGUUCCUGUAAACAAGGUUUCGAAGGGGAUGGAUUAAAUUGUUCAGGUAAGAUAGUGCUUUAGCCCUCUUCAAUUGCGUUUCAAUUAGUCCUCCUUAAUUAUUAAAGAAAUCACAAUAUUUAGAUUAGUUUCUGUGUAGACUCACCCUUCCUCAUUUAAGAUGUUACAUUUCAAGGUAAGUUUUUAUAUUAGGACAUCAGAUCACCCUAAUCUACAAACAUAGCGACAUAUAAUCUUCAGAAUUGUCUUACCGACUUCUCAGUUUAUUUUCGUUCAUUUAAUUAAAAAAUCUUCAAGAAUCUUAUAUUAAAAAAAAUUCUGAAAUAUUUAAUCGACCUCUCCGUUCAAUUUAAUUCGUGAAUUUAAAUAUAGACUAAUGAACACUAAUUGUGUGCUCCUAAUUUAUUCAACGACGUAAAUUUGAUUGUAGAUGUCAAUGAAUGCCUAUCAUCUCCAUGCGGAUAUAACGCAACAUGUAACAAUACAGUAGGAUCAUUUAACUGUUCCUGUAAACAAGGUUUCGAAGGGGAUGGAUUAAAUUGUUCCGGUAAGAUAGUGCUUUAGCCUCUUCAAUUGCGUUUCAAUUAGUCCUCCUUAAUUAUUAAAAACAUCACAAUAUUUAGAUUAGUUUCUGUGUAGAAUCACCCUUCCUCAGUUAAGAAGUUACAUUUUCACGUAAGUUUUUUAUUAGGAUAUCAGAUCACCCUAAUCUACAACAUAGCGACAUAUAAUUUUCAGAAAUGUGUUACCGACAUCUCAGUUUAUUUUAAUUAAUUUGAAAAAUCUUCAAGAAUCUUAUAAAAUAUUAAAAUAUUUUCUGAAAUAUUUAAUCGACCUCUCCGUUCAAUUUAAUUAUUUAAUUUAAUUAUCGACUAAUUAACACUAAUUUUUGCUACUAAUUUAUUCAUCUACAUUGUGGAUUGUAGAUGUCAAUGAAUGCCUAUCAUCUUCAUGCGGAUAUAACGCAACAUGUAACAAUACAGUAGGAUCAUUUAACUGUUCCUGUAAACAAGGUUUCGAAGGGGAUGGAUUAAAUUGUUCAGGUAAGACGGUGCUUUAGCCCUCUUCAAGUUGCGUUUCAAUUAGUCAUUCUGAAUUAUUAAAAAAAUCACAACAUCUAGAUUAGUUUCUGUGUAGACUCACCCUUCCUCAUUUAAGAAGUUUCAUUUCCAGCUAAGUUUUUAUAUUAGGACAUCAGAUCACGCUAAUCUACAAACAUAGCGACAUAUAAUCUUCAGAAAUGUCUUACCGACUUCUCAGUUUAUUUUCAUUAAUUUACAUAAUCUUCCAGAAUCUUAUAUUAAAAAAUUUCUGAAAUAUUUAAUCGCACUCUCCGUUCAAUUUAAUUCGUGAAUUAAAAUAUAGGCUAAUUAACACUAAUUGUGUGUUCCUAAUUUAUUCAACGACGUAAAUUUGAUUGUAGAUGUCAAUGAAUGCCUAUCAUCUCCAUGCGGAUAUAACGCAACAUGUAACAAUACAGUUGGAUCAUUUAACUGUUCCUGUAAACAAGGUUUCGAAGGGGAUGGAUUAAAUUGUUCAGGUAAGAUAGUGCUUUAGCCUCUUCAAUUGCGUUUCAAUUAGUCCUCCUUAAUUAUUAAAAACAUCACAAUAUUUAGAUUAGUUUGUGUGUAGAAUCACCCUUCCUCAGUUAAGAAGUUACAUUUUCACGUAAGAUUUUUAUUAGGAUAUCAGAUCACCCUAAUCUACAACAUAGCGACAUAUAAUUUUCAGAAAUGUGUUACCGACUUCUCAGUUUAUUUUAAUUAACUUAAAACACAUUCAAGAAUCUUAUAAAAUAUUAAAAUAUUUUCUGAAAUAUUUAAUCGACCUCUCCGUUCAAUUUAAUUAUUUAAUUUAAUUAUCGACUAAUUAACACUAAUUGUUGCUACUAAUUUAUUCAUCGACAUUGUGGAUUGUAGAUGUCAAUGAAUGCCUAUCAUCUUCAUGCGGAUAUAACGCAACAUGUAACAAUACAGUAGGAUCAUUUAACUGUUCCUGUAAACAAGGUUUCGAAGGGGAUGGAUUAAAUUGUUCAGGUAAGACAGUGCUUUAGCCCUCUUCAAGUUGCGUUUCAAUUAGUCAUCCUGAAUUAUUAAAAAAAUCACAACAUUUAGAUUAGUUUCUGUGUAGACUAACCCUUCCUCAUCUAAGAAGUUACAUUUCCAGGUAAGUUUUUAUAUUAGGACAUCAGAUCACCCUAAUCUAGAAACAUAGCGACAUAUAAUCUUCAGAAAUGUCUUACCGACCUCUCAGUUUAUUUUCAUUAAUUUAAAAAAUCUUCAAGAAUCUUAUAUUAAAAAAUUUCUGAAAUAUUUAAUCGAACUCUCCGGUCAAUUUAAUUCGUGAAUUUAAAUAUAGGCUAAUUAACACUAAUUGUGUGCUCCUAAUUUAUUCAACGACGUAAAUUUGAUUGUAGAUGUCAAUGAAUGCCUAUCAUCUCCAUGCGGAUAUAACGCAACAUGUAACAACACAGUAGGAUCAUUUAACUGUUCCUGUAAACAAGGUUUCGAAGGGGAUGGAUUAAAUUGUUCAGGUAAGAUAGUGCUUUAGCCUUCUUCAAUUGUGUUUCAAUUAGUCCUCCUUAAUUAUUAAAAAAAUCACAAUAUUUAGAUUAGUUUCUGUGUAGAAGCACCCUUCCUCAGUUAAGAAGUUACAUUUUCACGUAAGUUUUUUAUUAGGAGAUCAGAUCACCCUAAUCUACAAACAUAGCGACAUAUAAUCUUCAGAAAUGUCUUACCGACAAUCCAUCAGUCAAUCAAUCAAAAUAUUUAAUCAAGAUACCUACGAGCUAUAUACAGGAGGUAGGUUUUUGCAGGAGGAACGGAAGGUUAACCCUAUAUAAGAACCCCUAGAAAGGAUUAGUAGAUAAAAAGUGUUAAUAGUAUGUACGUUAAUGAGUGUAUAUUAGUAAGCUAAGAUAGACAUAUUAGUAUAUUAGUAAAUUAGUAAAUUAGCAAAUUAGUAAAUAUUCAGGUGGCGCUUGAGUUCCUGCUUAAACUAUGAAAACUAUUCGCUUCGACGACGCUCAGAGAAGCAAAGCGUUCCAUGCAGUGACUAUUCUGACAAAAAAAGAAUACUUAUAAGAGUUAACUCUAGAAAGCUUGGUGUAUAGAGUAUAUUUGUGAUUUGAUCUGGUUUUCCUCGAUUUCUUAUAUUCAAAAACUUCAUCGAAGUUUAUACCAUUUAGGCCAAAAACUGUUUUAUAGCACUCUGUGAGAGAUAAAUACUCUCUGCGUUUUUCCAAAGUAUUCCAUUUUAGUAAGACACAACGAUCUGGGUAGGACAUCUCUCCCCUCUUCUGUUUAAGUGCUAUCCGCGAUGCUCUUCUCUGAACGGAUUCGAGAGCCUUGAUAUCCUUGGAUAAGUGUGGCGACCAGACUGGUGCGGAAUAUUCCAGUACAGGUCUAACCAAUUAGGCUUUGUACAAUAAUGUGAAUGUUGCUAAGUUUGAUGAUCCAACGGUUCGCUUAACCAGACCUAGCAUUCGGUUUGCUUUACUAGUUAUAUUAUGAACAUGAGAUGACCAAGCUAGGUUAUGCAUAUGUGUCAUCAUAAUACCUAGGUCUUUAAAUUCGUCUGUUACUUCAAGUUUCUUAUCUGACAGAUAGUAUUCAGGUAGAGAGAGGUCUUUUGAAUGGAUUAUUCGCAUUACUUCGUAUUUCUCAAAGUUGAAGAUUAGUUGCCAAUUUUCAGUCCAAUUUCUCAUACGGUCUAAAUCAGAUUGCAAAAUACUAGUAUCGGCAAAUUUGUCGACUAAUUUUCGGUAAACUUUUGUGUCAUCUGCGAAGAGCUUAAUCGUGCUUUGGAUUGCCGGGGGUAUAGGUCGUUUAUAUAAAUGAGAAACAAUAUUGGACCUAAAAUUGUUCCCUGCGGUACCCCUGAUUUAACUGGGGACCAGUUUGACUGCGAGCCACGUACGAUAACACGCUGAUAGCGGUCCGUGAGGAAGUAUCUGAACCAAUCGAGCAGUGCCCCACCGAUACCGUGUGUUUCAAUUUGUAUAGUAAGCGCUCGUGUGGCACACUGUCAAAAGCUUUACAAAAGUCCAUAAUAAUUAUUACAACAUCAGUGGGAGUAGCUUCGUGUCUAGAUUUAGCCCAGUCAUUGAAACAUAGAAGCAGUUGGGAUAGUGUAGAUUUAUUCGCUUGGAAACCGAAUUGAUGUUCUCAAAAAAUAUGUCGAUCUAUAGCCAGAAUUUUACACAUCUGUCUUGAACGAUCUUCUCGGCGACUUUUGAAAUGACUGACGUUAGAGAGAUUUGGCGAUAAUUUUCUUUCAUAGAUUUCGACUUUCGUUUAUGUACAGGGGCGAUAUUUCCAAUCUUCCAAUCAUACGGAAGUUUACCAGUGGAAAAGGACUCGUUUAAAAUAGUUGUUAGGGAAGGUACAAGCUGUGUGCAACAUUGUUUCAAAACAUGUGGAGAAAUAUCGUCUGGACCAGGAGACUUGUUUACAUUCAACUGUUUCAGGUGACGUUCAACUUCCGCAACGGUGCAUUUGAUGUUAGUUAAACUAUUCUUUGUCCUUCGUAUCAUUGACGGAAAGUUUUCUAAAGUUUCCUCGGUAAACACUGAUGAAAAAUAAUUAUUCAUACUCUCCGCAAUUUCACUGUCAUUUGUAAUCUCUCCAUCCUGUGUUCUUAAUAAUAUUAGAUUCUUUGUUCCCUUCCGCUUAGAAUUUACAUAUCUCCAAAACGGUUUCGCAUCAUUGCUCGAAAACAGUUUCGCAUCAUUGCUCGCACAGACUUCUCAGUUUAUUUCCAUUAAUUUAAAAAAUCUUCAAGAGUCUUUUAUUAAAAAAAUUCUGAAAUAUUUAAUCGAACUCUCCGUUCAAUUUAAUUCGUGAAUUUAAAUAUAGACUAAUUAACACUAAUUGUGUGCUCCUAAUUUAUUCAACGACGUAAAUUUGAUUGUAGAUGUCAAUGAAUGCCUAUCAUCUCCAUGCGGAUAUAACGCAACAUGUAACAAUAUAGUAGGAUCAUUUAACUGUUCCUGUAAACAAGGUUUCGAAGGGGAUGGAUUAAAUUGUUCAGGUAAGAUAGUGCUUUAGCCUCUUCAAUUGCGUUUCAAUUAGUCCUCCUUAAUUAUUAAAAACAUCACAAUAUUUAGAUUAGUUUCUGUGUAGAAUCACCCUUCCUCAGUUAAGAAGUUACAUUUUCACGUAAGUUUUUUAUUAGGAUAUCAGAUCACCCUAAUCUACAACAUAGCGACAUAUAAUUUUCAGAAAUGUGUUACCGACUUCUCAGUUUAUUUUAAUUAAUUUAAAAACCUUUUAGAAUCUUAUAAAAUAUUAAAACAUUUUCUGAAAUAUUUAAUCGACUUCUCCGUUCAAUUAAAUUUAAUUAGUUAAUUUAAUUAUCGACUAAUUAACACUAAUUGUGUGCUCUUAAUUUAUUCAACGACGUUAAUGAUUGUAGAUGUCAAUGAAUGCCUAUCAUCUCCAUGCGGAUAUAACGCAACAUGUCACAAUACAGUAGGAUCAUUUAACUGUUCCUGUAAACAAGGUUUCGAAGGGGAUGGAUUAAGUUGUUCAGGUAAGAUAGUACUUUAGCCCUUUUCAAUUGCGUUUCAAUUAGUCCUCCUUAAUUAUUAAAAAAAUCACAAUACUUAGAUCCGUUUCUGUGUAGAAUCACCCUUCCUCAGUUAAGAAGUUACAUUUUCACGUAAGUUUUUUAUUAGGAUAUCAGAUCACCCUAAUCUACAACAUAGCGACAUACAAUUUUCAGAAAUAUGUUACCGAUUUCUCAGUUAAUUUUAAUUAAUUUAAAAAACCUUCAAGAAACUUAUAAAAUAUUAAAAUAUUUUCUGAAAUAUUUAAUCGACCUCUCCGUUCAAUUUAAUUAUUUAAUUUAAUUAUCGACUAAUUAACACUAAUUGUGUGUUACUAAUUAAUUCAUCGACAUUAAUGAUUGUAGAUGUCAAUGAAUGCCUAUCAUCUCCAUGCGGAUAUAACGCAACAUGUAACAAUACAGUAGGAUCAUUUAACUGUUCCUGUAAACAAGGUUUCGAAGGGGAUGGAUUAAAUUGUUCAGGUAAGAUAGUGCUUUAGCCUCUUCAAUUGCGUUUCAAUUAGUCCUCCUUAAUUAUUAAAAACAUCACAAUAUUUAGAUUAGUUUCUGUGUAGAAUCACCCUUCCUUAGUUAAGAAGUUACAUUUUCAGGUAAGUUUUUAUAUUAGGAUAUCAGAUCACCCUAAUCUACAAACAUAGCGACAUAUAAUCUUCGGAAAUGUCUUACCGACUUCUCAGUUUAUUCUAAUUAAUUCAAAAGAUUUUCAAAAAUCUUAUAAAAUCUUAUAAAAUCUUCAGAAUUUUUUUAUCGACAUCUCCGUUUAAUAUAAUUUAAUUUGUUAAUUUAAUUAUAGACCAAUUAACACUAAUUGUGUUCUCUUAAUUUAUUCAUUGACUUUAAUGAUUGUAGAUGUCGAUGAAUGCUUAUCAUCUCCAUGCGGAUAUAACGCAACAUGUAAUAAUACAGUAGGAUCAUUUAACUGUUCCUGUAAUCAUGGUUUCGAAGGGAAUGGAUUCAAUUGUUCAGGUAAGAUAGUGCUUUAGCCCUCUUCAAGUUGCUUUUGAAUUAGUCUUCCUGAAUUAUUAAAAAAUCAGUACAUUUAGAUUAGUUUCUGUGUAGACUCACCCUUUCUCAGUUAAGAAGUUACAUUUUCAGGUAAGUUUUUAUAUUAGGAGAUCAGAUUACCCUAAUAUUCGAGCAUAGCGAUAUAAAAUCUUCAGAAAUGUUUUACUGACUUCUAAGUUUAUUCUAAUGAAUUUAAAAAUCUCCAGAAAUUUUAUAAAAUCUUAUAAAAUGGUCAGAAACGUUUUACCGACUUUUCAAUUUAAUUAAAUUAAUAAUUAACGAUCAAUUAACAAUAAUAUGCUCCUGAUUUAUUCACCGACAUUAAUGAUUGUAGACGUCAUUGAAUGCCUGUCAUUUCCAUGCGGAAAUAACGCAACAUGUGAUAAUACAGAAGGAUCAUUUAACUGUUUCUGUAAACAAGGUUUCGAAGGGGAUGGAUUCAAUUGUUCAGGUAAGAUUGUUCUAGCCCGUUUUAAAAUUUCAAUCUAAUCAGUCUGGCUCAAUUAUUAAAAAAAUCACAUCAUUUAGAUUAUAUAUAUAUAUAUAUAUAUAUAUAUAUAUAUAUAUAUAUAUAUAUAUAUAUAUAUAUAUAUAUAUAUAUAUAUAUAUAUAUAUAUAUAUAGAAAGACACAAAAACUUAGCAAGCUUUGUUUGGCAUAUUUAUUACUAUACAGUUUCGUACCACGUAAAUAACGUGGCACUCUUCAGAUAAAAUAACCUAUGUUUGACCUAUAGUUUCUUAACGAACUUUUUAAAUAUGUACAGAUGGUAUAAAGGACGCUUAUCUAAUUACAAAUCAAUUAACACCUCAACUAGUCACGAAAAUAUUAGUAUCAAGUUAUAAAGUUUCUAAGUAGAAAUUAAUUAGCGUGUCUACACGUGGAGACACGCUAAUAAAUUUCUACUUAGAAACUUUAUAACUUGAUACUAAUAUUUUCGUGACACUAUACUUGAGGUGUUAAUUGAUUUGUAAUUAGAUAAGCGUCCUUUGUAUCAUCUGUACAUAUUUAAAAAGUUCGUUAAGAAGCUAUAGGUCAAACAUAGGCUAUUUUAUCUGAAGAGUGCCACGUUAUUUACGUGGUACGAAACUGUAUAGUAAUAAAUAUACCAAACAAAGCUUGCUAAGUUUUUGUGUCUUUCUAUUAUGCUCUGGUUAUCCAUUGAGCACUCUAUCAUUGGUUUUUAUAACCUACACAUACUAUUUAUAUAUAUAUAUAUAUAUAUAUAUAUAUAUAUAUAUAUAUAUAUAUAUAUAUAUAUAUAUAUACAAAUUGGUUUUCUCCUUCUGCCAUAUAGUGCUCUACACCAAAGUGGAGCUAAGUUAAAAUUAAAAUUAAAGAUUAAAACCUAAGAAUGUUCAUUAAAAAUUGAAAAGCACUACAGUUCUGUUUCGAGAGGCCCUUUCUAGAUCCUCUCUCUUCAGGUGCAUGAUCAGAUUACACUAAAAUAUCCCAUUUAUAUACCGAUCGUUCAUAGUCAUAAAGCCUAACCGUUUUUAAUUAAAAAUUUGUUUGCAUGACGGCAUGCACUAGCCAGUUCGUUUCUUUUGUUUAGAGUACAAGUUUCCGGUUUACAAAUGAUGAAAUAUUUUUCCAUUAUACAUAAAUUACAUUUUUUCCCAAUAUUUGAAUACGGAUUUGCACGGGCCAUUAUUUUCCAGUCUACAGCGUAUCUAAUGUUAUUGUCUUUUAGGGACCAAAUGUGCUUGCUUAACUCUGUGGAGUUUCUCUUGUUGUUGUCACGGAAUGAACACGUGUGAUUGUUAAAUCGUGUUUUGAACCGAUCCCCAGUAAGGCCGAUGUAUGUUUCCUUUGUAUCGUUGGUUUUCACAGUGGCUUGGUAAAUGACAUUGUUGCUUAGGCAUUCUCCUUUUAGCGGACAAUCUGGUUUCGAUCUACAAUUACACAUUCUUUCGGAUUGUUGUGGGUUUUCUCUGAGGAUAGAUUUGUUGUGGGUAUUGAUUUUUCUUUCUAAAUUAGGCAUGCACGAGUAACUUAUUUUCAAUGUGUUUUUAUUAAAUAUUUUUUGCAGUGGGUGCCCGCUCUUGAAGGAUUCUUUCACAAUGUUUCUAAACUUGCGUCCUACAUUUGUGGCGACAUUUUUGCUAAAUGGGGGAUUAUACCAUGUAAUAUUCCUGCGCCUAGAUCUUCUCUCUGUAGCUUGGUUGUUGGUUGCUUCAUAUUUUAGGUCAUAGUUAUAGCCGCUUUUUUCUAAUGCAUGUUGGUAUUCGGGUGAUGCUUUGUCAAAUGAUUCCUUGUUUGAGGAAAGUUCGUUGAGCCUUUUGUUGAUUGCUAGAGGGAUGUUUUUUAUAAUGCUUGGUGGGUGAUUGCUCUCAUUGUGAACAUAGAGUGGCUUAUUGUUGGGUUUGAGAUACGAUUCGUGGGUUCCUUUGUUAAGGUCCAAGGUUACGUCCAGGAAAUUAACGAUCUUUUUGUUGGCAUCAAUUUUUAUUUUCAAACCAUUGUCCUUGAACACUUUGCAAAUCUGUUUCUUGAAUCUUUCGAGGCAUUGAGGUGAAUUUUCAAAUGCUCCCAGGCCAUCAUCUCUAUACAGGCCAACUUGAUUUCUAAUGGUCUCGGGAAGCUGGUGUAGUAAGUACGAUCCCACUAAUUCACACGUUUCUGCGCCAUCAAACGAGCCCAUCGUGACAUCGAAUGAGUUUGAUGAAUUCUUUUUGGUCCAUGCGAUGUUGCCGUUGUAUAGGAGAGAUUGCUUUGCAUGCCAUAUUAUUUCUUUCUCUUGGGCUGGAAUAUCUGUGUGUGCUUCUGCGAAUUUGAGAGCGUCCUCGAGUAGUUUAGAUGAGAUUGAGGGAUAGAAAUUUACAAUGUCGAAUGUAAUAAACGAGUGCCGCUCUUUUCCGGUGAUGCUGUUAAACCAAUUUAAAGUGUCUUUAGUGCUCUUCCAUUGUUUCACGCCUGUUUUGUUAAUAAUGUCUUUGUUUAUUCUGUCGAGGAUACAUUUGCUCACUUUGCCUAUUUCAGACUUCGUUGGAUUUAUUAGACGGCAAGUUGGGUUAUUCGAGAAGUUGUCUUUAUGAUCCUUCAAGGAGAUAAAAGCUUCAUUUUGAGCUAACGUUUCGAUUCUAUCGCUUAGGUUUAAAUUUCGAGCUAUGUCUUUCGCCUUGUUGUUGAUCUCGCUCACUGUGUCUACGGGUGCCUUCUUGUAUUCUUUCUCUAUGUUCUUUUUUAAUAAUGAUUUAUAAUUGUCGGUGGUCAUUCUGUAGAAGUUUGUAGUCUUAUCCGCUGGUAUAUAUAAGUUGGCGUCUUUAUUGAUUGCUUCCGUGUGUUCGGACAGUUUGCGUUGGAACUCCGAGGGCCUAGGUGUUCUGAAUUCGAUGUUAUGGAUCAUAUUGGUCAUCUUGGUUUCAAACUCGUUUAGCUCGGGUACUUGUGGUGGGGUUUUCUUCGAUUUGAAUCCAUAAGUUUGCUGUUCGUUGUUUGUUGUAGAUGGUUUUAGGAAGUGGUAGGCACGCCAUCGCAUUCUGUUGAUCAGUUUGCCAGUCAUUUCAAUCAGCCUUUUGUGGUAUUCUUUAUUAGUCGGUAUUGGGAUAUUUUUCGUCGAACAAUCAAAGUUUAUCCUUUGCAUAUCGGCUUUUUGGAAAUAUAGUGCUCAACUUGAGGAGCGUGUAAAUACAAAUUGGUUUUCUCCUUCUGAUGAUGAAGAUCUAGACGAAGAUCUACAGAGAGAAGAUCUAGACGCAGGAAUAUUACAUGGUAUAAUCCCCCAUUUAGCAAAAAUGUCGCCACAAAUGGAGGACGCUAGGAUCUAG